AUUCUUACCUCUGAAGACAAUGUUAGGACCAAGAUACGAUAGUCAAGUUGCUGAAGAAAAUCGGUUCCAUCCAAGUAUGCUCUCAAAUUAUCUAAAGAGUCUGAAGGUUAAAAUGGGCUUGUUGGUGGAUUUGACAAAUACUUCAAGGUUCUAUGACAGAAAUGACAUAGAAAAAGAAGGAAUCAAAUAUAUAAAACUUCAGUGUAAAGGACAUGGUGAGUGCCCUACAACUGAGAAUACUGAGACAUUCAUUCGUCUGUGUGAGCGGUUUAAUGAAAGAAACCCACCUGAACUUAUAGGUGUUCAUUGUACCCAUGGUUUCAAUCGCACUGGUUUCCUCAUAUGUGCCUUUUUGGUGGAGAAAAUGGAUUGGAGUAUUGAAGCAGCAGUUGCUACUUUUGCUCAAGCCAGACCACCAGGAAUUUAUAAGGGUGAUUAUUUGAAAGAACUUUUUCGUCGCUAUGGUGAUAUAGAGGAAGCACCACCCCCACCUUUAUUGCCAGAUUGGUGUUUUGAGGAUGAUGAAGAUGAAGAUGAGGAUGAGGAUGGAAGAAAGGAAUCAGAACCUGGCUCAAGUGCCUCCUUCGGCAAGAGGAGAAAAGAACGGUUAAAACUGGGUGCUAUUUUCCUGGAAGGUGUAACUGUUAAAGGUGUGACUCAAGUAACAACUCAACCAAAGUUAGGAGAGGUACAGCAGAAGUGUCAUCAGUUCUGUGGCUGGGAAGGGUCUGGAUUCCCUGGAGCACAGCCUGUUUCCAUGGACAAGCAAAAUAUUAAACUUUUGGAGCAGAAGCCAUAUAAAGUAAGCUGGAAAGCAGAUGGUACUCGGUAUAUGAUGUUGAUUGAUGGCACAAAUGAAGUUUUUAUGAUUGAUAGAGAUAAUUCAGUGUUUCAUGUUUCAAAUCUGGAAUUUCCAUUUCGUAAAGAUCUCCGUAUACAUUUAUCAAAUACUCUCUUGGAUGGGGAAAUGAUUAUUGACAGAGUAAAUGGACAGGCCGUUCCUAGAUAUUUGAUAUAUGACAUAAUUAAAUUCAAUGCACAGCCAGUUGGAGAUUGUGAUUUUAAUAUUCGUCUGCAGUGUAUAGAAAGAGAAAUAAUAAGUCCUCGACAUGAAAAAAUGAAGACUGGGCUCAUUGACAAAACACAGGAACCAUUUAGUGUCAGAAAUAAGCCAUUUUUUGACAUCUAUACUUCAAGAAAGUUACUUGAAGGAAAUUUUGCCAAAGAAGUCAGCCAUGAAAUGGAUGGACUUAUUUUUCAGCCUACUGGAAAAUAUAAACCUGGUCGAUGUGAUGAUAUUUUGAAAUGGAAGCCUCCCAGUCUGAAUUCUGUGGAUUUCCGCCUAAAGAUAACAAGAAUGGGAGGAGAAGGGUUACUUCCUCAGAAUGUUGGUCUGCUCUAUGUUGGAGGUUAUGAAAGACCCUUUGCACAAAUCAAGGUGACAAAAGAACUAAAACAGUAUGACAACAAAAUUAUAGAAUGCAAAUUUGAGAAUAACAGCUGGGUCUUCAUGCGACAGAGAACAGACAAAAGUUUUCCUAAUGCGUACAACACUGCCAUGGCUGUGUGCAACAGCAUCUCCAACCCGGUCACCAAGGAGAUGCUGUUUGAGUUCAUCGACAGAUGUGCGGCCGCUUCUCAAGGACAGAAGCGAAAGCAUCAUCUGGACCCUGACACAGAGCUCAUGCCUCCACCACCUCCCAAAAGACCUCGCCCUUUGACCUAAGACCUGCCUCUGACUUAAGGACUGAGAGGAAAAAUGAGUGAGAAAAAAUGCUGUUGCCCCAUUUUUGCAGCCAGAGAAAUUGGAAAAACAGUGUGGCUUGAUGUUGAUACACAUUUGAAUUUUUUUUUUUUAAAGUAUUGUAGCCAGCCUGUAAAUAUUUGAUGCAUUUGUUUCUUUAGUGCUACAAUACAUCGUGGACUUUAAACAUUUUAUUUAUAUCUGAUAAACUCAGCCUUACCUUGUGAAUUUGAAGAUUGAAAUAUCCAAAGGUUUAAUCGAGAUUGAAAUCAAUGAAAAAGAGGCCUUGUUUGUAUAUGGAUAACUUUCACCUUUAAUUUAUAAAGUUAGUAAUCUGGAACUGUGAGCGCAUAAAACACUGUAUUUUUUAGAAGCUGUAUUUCAACUAUGGUAAAUUUUCCUUUUAAAAAAAAUCUAGGCAAUGGCAUUAAACAUUCUUGCUAUCACUUAUCAUGGAUUUCCUACAUUUCUGAGAUUCUUGUAUUCAAAAACAAAUGACAAGGUUGUUAAGUAUUGUAUUAUAUUAAACAACUUGGUCUGGCUUAUGUCAUUUUAAGAAGUUUUGUUUUUUUGUUUUUGUUUUUGAGAUGUAAAAGUAAAAAAGUAAAGCCCCGUUUUUGUGAGUUGCAUCCUUUCUAAAGGAAGUAUAUUGAGUGUUUUCAUGUUUCUCUUCUUUGAACGAAAAUACCAGAUAUCCAAUGUGUCCAUUCUGGCAGUAGUUUUGAGUUACUUCGUAGAACUUAGAUAUACACCACCAGGUCCCUUUUAUGUGUUGUUCUCCUGGGAGACUUUUUUUUUCCCCUUUAAAAACGCCAGGGCUACUUCUGCUUUACCUCAGUGGUAUUGGCACGUUGUAAAUUACAUUAAAACACACAACUCACUGUGAUUAUGGGAGUGAUAUCAAAUACAAACUAUGUCGUGUUAGUUCCCUUGAACAAAACGGCAAAGGAAAUGCCAGCCGACUCCUUUGAUUAGAAGGUAGUGCCAAUGGAAUAGAAUGCUGUCACUAGAAAAUGCUCUCCCACUGCUAGAUAAAUGCAGAGGCAAAGAGUAGACAUCUGUAGGAACUAAACAUCAAGGAAACCAAGACAUUUAUUUUCAAAGCCAGGAUUCUAUCUGUGUUCUGUGCUGGGGAUGCUAUUUCUGUUAUACAUCUGAAUUUUAAAACACUCACUGAUAGAUAAUGGAUUUAAAGAGCAGCUAAUUGGUCGUCUGCCAUUGUUGAGAAGCUGUGUUCUGAUUGGUUUGUGAAGGAACUCUGAGAAUUAGCCUAUUAGAGGCUAAUGUAUUUAUUUUUAGAGGUAGAGGUUUUAAGUACGUGUAUUUAAAACAAAAUUUCAUGAUCUGAAUUUUAUAUAUGUAUAUGCAUAUAUAUGUCAGUAUAUGCAUCAGUGUAUAUUCUACUAAUACAGUCAGACAUGAAAAAUGCAAAUGAGUUACCCAGCAGACUGAAUAUCUGACAGGAUUUCUAUAUGCUAUAGCACAGAUUAACCAAAAAUGUAUUUAUAUUCACCUGAGUUUUAAUGUUUUUAAACAAAGUUUUCUCCUGCAGUGCUUUUCUAUAUGAAAUACUGGAGUCAUGCUUGGGCUUUUUCCUUUGUUCUUUCCAAGUUAUGUAACGUGUCGUGAACGUAUCCAGAAUGUCAGUUACUAGUAUUUCAUUCCUGUAGUGCUUUUGUGUGUUUGGGCACUAAAGGGAAUAAAACACCUGACUGCCACAGUGA